AUGACUAAACUUCAGAAUAAAAGCUUGAUAAAUAAGACAGAGACCAAAAGAGGAAGAAAACCAACUUGUUGCUUUGUUAUUGAAGGAACUGCUUAUAAGGCUGAUCCUAAUAGUGAUGAGGCAAAAUUGAAAGUCAGGUUUUAUGUUCCACCAUUUUUGCCUAUUAUUCCUGUUACUGGUGAUUAUUGGGUUUUGUAUAUUGAUGAGGAUUAUCAGUAUGCUUUGAUUGGUCAGCCUAGUAGGAGGUAUUUAUGGAUAUUAAGUAGGCGAACAUGUCUUGAUGAUGAGAUUUACAACCAGCUUGUUGAGAAGGCUAAAGAAGAAGGCUACGAUGUGAGUAAGCUCCACAAGACACCACAAUCUGAUUCCCCACCAGAGAGUGAAGAUAGCCCCGUGGACACCAAAGGAAUUUGGUGGAUCAAAUCAAUCCUUGGAAAAUAGGC